AUGCAACGACAAUUACGUAAAGCCAAUAUUGCCGUUGGACAAACUGAUAAAUCUAAAUUAUUUUUUUUUAUUGAUGCACAAGAAUAUGAAGAAAAAAUUAAAAACUAUAUGAAUAAAACCAAUGCUUAUCAAGAAAUUACGAGUGGUAUUUGCCCACUAGCUGAUAAUUUACAUUUAGUAAUAUUGUUACUUGAUCAUUUACUCGAGCGGAAGGAUAUUACCAAAGAACAGCAUAAAAAAAUGUAUCCUAACAUAAACAAAUUAGAAUUGGCUCAUAUUUAUUUCAAUCUUAAAGUUCAUAAGCCUGAUAUAUCAGUUCGACCUAUUGUUGCAUCAAUCAAUGCACCAGCAAGACUUCUAUCAAGCUUUUUAGACCAACUUCUCACUCCAAUAUAUAAUUAUGUGACUAAAGAUAUUACAUUUAUUAAUGGUAUAGAUGUUGUUCGAAAAUUAAAAGAAUAUCAACAACAAGGUUAUCUUAAUUCAACAACAUUAUUUAUUGUAUUUGAUGUGACUGAUUUAUAUACAAUGAUCCCACGUGAUGGUGCUAUUGCUGCUUUAACUCGAUUUUGUGAAAAAAAUGCCACCCAUGGAAAAAUUGGCACUCUUAAAAUAAGUACUGUUAUUCAAUUAGCAUGUGUUGUUUUAGAUACAAAUUCAUUUGCUUACAAAGAUAAAUAUUAUCGACAAAUUAAAGGUGGUGCUAUGGGUUCACCUUUUACUAUGGUAUUAGCUAAUAUUUAUAUGUUAGAAUGGGAACAAAAAUUAAUUCAACAUCAAAACAUAAAUCAUGGUAUUUAUGGACGAUAUAUUGAUGAUGUAUUUAUGACAAGUAAUUUAAGCAAAGAAGAAAUUCUCAAAUUACUUGAUGAAACAACUCAAACAGAUUCAAAUAUUAAAAUUACAACUACAAUUAGUCAAACAUUAGAUUAUCUCGAUGUUACAAUAGAAAAUAACAAUGGCAAUUUAAAAACUUGUAUCUAUCAUAAAUCAGCUUCUGAACCUUAUAUUCUACCGUAUUCAUCAGAUCAUCCACGACAUGUUCAUAUGAACAUAUUAAACAAUGCAUUAGUUCGAGCAGCUCGAAUGUGUUCCACUGUUGAAGACUUUGAUAUGGAACGUUUAAGUACUGAAAUGAUACUAUUACCUGAUAUAUCUGUUCGACCUAUUGUUGCUUCCAUCAAUGCACCAGCAAGACUUAUAUCAAGUUUUUUAGAUCAACUUCUUACUCCAAUAUAUAAUUAUGUAACAAAAGAUAUUACAUUUAUUAAUGGUAUAGAUGUUGUUCGAAAAUUAAAAGAAUAUCAACAACAAGGUUAUCUUAAUUCAACAACAUUAUUUAUUGUAUUUGAUGUCGCUGAUUUGUAUACAAUGAUUCCACGUAAUGGUGCUAUUACUGCUUUAACUCGAUUUUGUGAAAAAAAUGCUAUCAAUGGAAAAAUUGGCACUCUUAAAAUAAGUACUAUUAUUCAAUUAGCAUGUGUUGUUUUAGAUACCAAUUCAUUUGCUUAUAAAAAAAAAUAUUAUCGUCAAAUAAAAGGGGGUGCUAUGGGUUCACCUUUCACUAUGGCGUUAGCGAAUAUUUAUAUGUUAGAAUGGGAACAAAAAUUAAUUCAACAUCAAAAAAUACAUAAUGGAAUUUAUGGACGAUAUAUUGAUGAUGUAUUUAUGACAAGUAAUUUAACUAAAGAAGAAAUUCAAAAAUUACUUGAUGAAACAACUCAAACAGAUUCAAAUAUUAAAAUUACAACGACAAUUAGCCAAACAUUAGAUUAUCUCGAUGUUACAAUAGAAAAUAACAAUGGUGAUUUAAAAACGUGUAUCUAUCAUAAAUCAGCAUCUGAACCUUAUAUUCUACCGUAUUCAUCAGAUCAUCCACGACAUGUUCAUAUGAACAUAUUAAACAAUGCAUUAGUUCGAGCAGCUCGAAUGUGUUCCACUGUGGAAGACUUUGAUAUGGAACGAUUAAGUAUUGAAAUGAUACUAUUAGUGAAUGGUUAUCCACCGAAAUUUAUACAACAACAUAUGACAAACUUCUUCAUUAAAUAUAAUGCAAUGAAUGUGUGGACUGAAUUAAAUACUGAAUCGUAUCAACAACUACAUCAUGAAUUACUUUAUAAACCCACAAGACGAGAACAAAAAGUUCAACUUGAAACAAAUGGUACAUCUUUGAAAAAGCAGACAAAUUAUGAACAUAAAGAUCAAAUAUACUUGCAUUACACAUUCGAAACUGGCCCAUUAACAAAUUUUAAAAAAGAAUAUCGUCAAAUUUGGAACAAAUACUAUGUCUAUCCAGGUUCACGUUUAAGAAAUACAAGACUGAUUCUUGGUACUAUAUUAAAUCGAACAUUACAAAGUCUUUUAAUACACAAGAAACCAAAACGAGAUAUAUUGACGAAAAUGGAAACUACAACAUAA